AAUUGGGCUGAUAAAUAUCUAACAUGGGAUCCAAGAGAGUAUUAUGACGUAGAACAUCUCCGAAUGCCAUCAGACGAAGUGUGGAUACCCGACAUAACACUAGCAAAUAGCGCGGAGAGGGCACGUUUGAUGGAGUCGACAGUGGUGAGGAUCCAGCACGACGGGGAGGUCGAGUGGAGUGCUCUCAUCAUCGUGAAGACAUUCUGUAAGAUCGACUUCACCUUCUUCCCGUUCGAUGAGCAGGAGUGCCUGAUGACCUUUCGACCUUGGACACAUCUUCACAACCACGUCCUCAUGCGUUCACAUGCCCCAGAGAAAACUGAUGAGGAUAACGGAGAAUGGAAGGUUGCAAAGAUCCAGACUGAAGCGACAAUGGAGUACCUCGACCACGGGAAUUUCAGCAAGAUCGAUGUCACCAUCCACCUCGCCCGUCGACCCUUGUUCUAUAUUAUGAACAUGAUCAAUCCCUGUGUCAUCAUCUACGCCCUGACACUGCUCAGCUUCUGCCUGCCCGGCGAGUCGGGGGAGAAGAUUGCCUUGAAUGUGACCAUCCUUCUAUCUCUGACUGUCUUCAUGCUCCUCACUUCCGAGAUGAUGCCCCCGUCGGCGGACACCAUCCCGGUUAUUGCUCAAUUCUACGCAGCGACCAUCAUGCUUGUAUCCAUCUCAAUUUUGUUCGCUGUCAUCUCUCUCAAUUUCUUCCAUCGUCCCCCUGAUGCAAACCGUGCCCCCCUCUGGCUCCGAAAGCUCUUCUUCAUCCACCUCACCCCUAUUCUCUACCCAUGGAGAAUGUCGUGUGCCAAGAAUGGUGAAGGGGCUGACCUUCGUCGUAUUAUGGACUGCAACGGGGAUAUGGUAGGCCCGAUAAAAGUGGCAACCUACCAAUCGCACCAGACCCCUUCUAGCCCGAAACUCCUUCCUGCCGCUACUCGGCGUCUCGCUAAGCACCACGAGAGCUGCGGCAUCACUGAUACCAACUUUAACGGAUGCUCGGCCUACGCCAACGGACGUCCUCUGGACAACGUAAACGGAGUCGCCACCAACCAUGCCAACAACCCCGUCACCACUAUCACUUGCACAAGUUGCAAUGGCGCCAUCAAGCGGCAGCUUGGGAACAUCUCCGAAGACCUUCACUCAAUGAUUGAAGAUAGACAGAUGGAGGAAGAAAGGGAGAGUAUCAUCACAGAAUGGAAGAAGAUGGCGCAUGUUUUCGAUCGCUUGGGACUUGUACUCUUCAUCGUGGCUACUAUCAUUCUCGCUAUUAUCCUCGGGAAUAGGCUGGGUGAAGAACCGACUGAUGUGUAGAACAAAAGUUUUUUAGGAGCCACUGGCUAGAUUUUGAGAAGAAGGCGCAACAAAGCUGUUGGCAAACCGCGUACAAAUACUUGGAUAUGUGGGGUAUUCCAUUUAGGGCGACAUUGGUGUUAGCCUUGCUCUGGUGUUAGGGCAACACGAUAUACUCUAAUAAAACUAACACUUUACAUUCUACACCAAACACAGAAGCUAAGUGGGAGAUAACGAAAAAUAAAAAAGGGGAAAAUGGUCAAAACCGAUCUAUAUAAGAUAGACUUCUUCGACGUUAUACACUAAGCCAUUAAUAAAUUAAUGGAUUUACAAAUGUAUAGAUGUUUUGCCUGCAAUAAUAAAGAUGCAUCUGCAUUGUUUGUGAAUAAAAAUCGGUAAAGUGAAAUGCACGUAUGAUCAAAACAGAAACUUUUUGUCGGAGAAGAAAUUCUCGCCGUGUUGAAAUUUUCUUGUUCAACAUUAUGCGAUCAGUCUUUCUUCUUAAAAUCAGAAUUUUGGUGUAAUUUAAGUUUUGGAUCCCCAUAUGGCGGCCAGCGAAUUGGUUAAGAAGCUAUUGUACCUACUGGACAUUAAAAAAAAAUUGUAUUGGUUUGAAAUAAUCAUGUCAAGAUAAACAUGGUGUCUUGUCGACACUGGAUCCAUUCAACAUGUUCAAGGGAGAGAGUGCUGAGAAGACGACGACGCCGAAGAAUAAGAAGAAGAAGAAGGAGAAUAAGAAGAACAAGGAGAAGAACAAGAAGAAAAGAAAAUAGAAGGACAAAGAGGAGGGGUAGGACUAGAUAAAGAACAAUAAAGAUAAUUUAUCAAAGAACAAGACGAGGUUCCCCCAGAAUAAUAAUGGG